GCACAACUUCCAAACAAAAUUACAAAUUCCAAUUGUUCUUGCCAGUUCCUCAACUGAAUUCCGGAAGAUGACUAAUAUCUGUAAAUGUAAACAUGGCAAGUCCAAGAACAAGGAAAGUUCUUAAAGAAAUCAGAGUGCAAGAUGAGAACAAUGUCUGUUUUGAGUGUGGUGCAUUUAACCCCCAAUGGGUGAGCGUGACUUAUGGAAUCUGGAUCUGUCUGGAAUGCUCAGGAAAACACAGAGGCUUGGGAGUUCACCUCAGCUUUGUGCGCUCUGUCACUAUGGACAAGUGGAAGGACAUUGAGUUGGAGAAGAUGAAGGCUGGUGGUAAUGGCAAAUUUCGAGAAUUUCUGGAGUCUCAGGAGGAUUAUGAUCCCUGCUGGUCAAUGCAGGAGAAAUACAACAGCAAAGCUGCAGCUCUCUUUAGAGAUAAGGUGGCUACUUUAGCUGAGGGCAAGGAAUGGUCUCUUGAAACUUCUCCUGCCAGAAACUGGACUCCACCUCAGCCCAAGAUGGCCCUGUCUUCAGCUCAUCGAUCUGCUGGACCAUCCCAGAAUGCAGCUGGUUCUUCCGACAAAGCUUUUGAAGACUGGUUAAACGAUGAUUUCAGCUCCUAUCAAGGUGGCCAAGAGAAUCGCUAUGUGGGAUUUGGGAACACAGUCAACCCUCCGAAAAAGGAUGAUGACUUCCUCAAUAAUGCCAUGUCUUCGCUAUACUCGGGAUGGAGCAGUUUUACAACUGGAGCGAGCAAGUUUGCCUCAGCAGCUAAAGAGGGUGCUACCAAAUUUGGAUCUCAAGCAACUCAAAAGGCAUCAGAGUUAGGUCAGACUUUAAAUGAAAAUGUUCUCAAACCUGCACAGGAAAAGGUGAAAGAGGGAAAAAUGCUUGAUGAGUUCUCCAUGGGGGUAUCUCAUCUGGCCACCAAGGUUCAGGGGGUUGGCAGUAAGGGAUGGCGGGACGUCACCACUUUCUUUUCCAGCAAAUCAGAUGAUCUUUCUGAAAGACCACCUGAGGGAGACAGCUAUCAGAACAGCGGAGGAGAGGGCUACCAGAACAAUGCUGUAGAUCAAAGCUUCUGGGAAACCUUUGGCAACUCAGACCCACCCAAGGCUCAUAAAUCCCCAAGCAGUGACAGUUGGACCUACGUGGACAAUUCCACAGAGAAGAAGAGCUCUGAUAGCUGGGACGUCUGGGGUUCGGGGACGGUCUCCAACAACAAGAACAGUAACAGCGACAGCUGGGAAAACUGGGAGACCAACUGGGAAAAUGCUGGAGGGGAGAGCAAGACCAAAAAAUCCCCUAAGAAAAUGACAAAAGUGUCUUCAGCAGCUGAUGAUGGGUGGGAUAACCAGAACUGGUAGGCCUCUGUAACCCUGCUUCGCAUGGCGAAGGAAGGAGUCCAUGCUCUCUGAUGAAAAAAGUUUCACACACAGCUGGAUUAACAUGGUUGUCCUUAUUGACCUGUUACCUUGUGCUUCCCCUUCAUUCUCCUUUCUUCUGUUCCAGUUUAGAAAAACAAAUAGUGUCUCAGUCCCAUCAUGACCAUAUGAAGAUAUGGCUGUCCCAUCGUAAAGGAUAGUAAUAGAUAUAUUCUCCUCACCAUAGCGCUAUUGGAGCUGGGUAUACUAACUUCUUAAAAUGAGAAUUCAGAGGAACAAAUCAGUGCAAGCAUGUUUUCAUGGCACAAUAUUGCAUGUGUAGUUUCUUAGGAUUGCUCCUCCAGUAUUCCUAACUUCUAAUGAAGUUCUAGAGAACAUCUGGGGUGGGGUGAUGCAGGGAAAGGAGGGGAUAUAUCUUCAACAGAUAGCCAGCAAUUGAACGUGUGAACUGCAGUUAAAUAAGUACCAGUUUAAAUGCCUCUCUCUACUGCUGGGACUGCAUUAAAUCUGGCAUUUAAAAAUGGCCGUUAAAACACUUUUUAUUGAAGCUGUAUUUUUAAACUUUGCAAGGUUUGAGAACUUUUUUUAAACCUUUUUUUUCUUAUAGAGAGAACUCCUAGAUGAGAAAAAAAACUAGAGCUAGAUAAUUAUUAGUAUGUAACUCACCAUUUUGUCAGCCUGACCAUAUAGGAGUGUUCAUAAUGGCACCACUUCUUGCCCUUUUGAUUUAGGGAUAUACACAGUGCAGAUUUUCUGCAGGUGUAUCAUGCAGAGUUAUGGUAUUUUUCCCUUUAACUAUUAAGAAGUGUCUUCCUCUCUUUAGCUUUCUUCCUUCCAGAUUCCUAAGUUCACCUGCUAUGUUUUUGUUAAAAUGAAACCUUUCUCCUCUUCUGCUUGAGCUUUUAUCAGCAUGUGUUGACCACAACAGCAAUGAAACUUUGGAAAAAUCCAGCGACAGUAAGCAAAAUGGGAGAAGAGAGGGAAAAUAAAACAUUGUUAAAGAUAGAGACAAGCUAAUUUUGAUGAAUAGAUGAAUAGAACUCUGGAUUUAACAGUGAAACUUAAAUUCAGCAGAUUGAUUAAUCUUCUCUUCAAUUGUCAAAUAGAAACAAUUUUAUAAUUGUUUAAACCACCUUUUCCUCCACAAUUUCCCUAAUA